GAAGGCUGAUGACCUCACAGGCUUCCGUCCCUCCUGAUUGGAAGGGUCAAGCUCUGUGGAGCUAGGCAGCACGGUAGACGAACUCACCUUCCAAGUCUCUCCUCUACACUGGAUUUCUCCCAGGACUACUGGAGUGGAUUCAUCCAGAGCCAAGGAGAAGAGUGGAAGAGACAAGAGUCUAGGAUUUAGAGAAAAGAAGAAAUUGUCUAGGAGAAUUAUGGCUGCCGGUGACCCAUCCCUGCCACCUGAGGAACAGUGUCCCCAGCUUAGCACCACGGUAUCUUCACCAGUAAUAGAUGAAGAGAUCCCAGGACUACCAGAACCAAGGGAGGAAGCUGGACCCCCGCCUCCAUCCGCCAGGCCAAAGAGGAAGAGGGACUUGUCAUCGGAUUCUGAGGAUGACCUGGCAGAGCUGCUAGAACCUGAUCCCGAGCCCGUGUGGUCAGUGGAGACACUGAGUGGGCUCAGGAUGAAGCUGAAAAGGCGGCAUUUGUCUACAGUGAGACCUGAACACCACAAGGUCUUCACCAGGCUGCUGGAGGAUCCUGAGGUGAAAAAAUUCCUGGCCUGGGACAAGACACUGAGAGUGUCUGAUAAGUACCUCCUGUCUAUGGUCAUAGCUUAUUUCAGCCGUGCUGGGCUCUUCUCCUGGCAGUAUAGGCCAAUCCACUUCUUCCUGGCUCUGUACUUGGCCAAUGACAUGGAGGAGGACAACCAGGCCCCUAAACAAGACAUUUUUUACUUCCUCUAUGGGAAGAGCUAUGCCCAGCGCCCCGCGUUCCACAAACUGCGGUUCCAGUUCAUUCGAUCCAUGGGCUGGAAGAUCUGGGUGUCUCGGGAAGAGUGUGAAGAGAUCCAGGCUUACAACCCAGAGCUGUGGGUGUGGGCACGAGAUCGUACCAACCUGACCUAGAACCCUGGAAUUCUAGAGGCCUGAGGUCAUCGGCCAAG